AUGUCGAACAAUAGCACAUUGACGGUGCCGCAGGUGAAAACGAGCACUUCAACAACCUCAAAAACACCCUUCCACUUUGCUGCUGGUCUUUGCUCCGGCCUUACCUCCUCCAUCCUCCUCCAGCCCGCGGACCUGCUCAAAACUCGAGUCCAACAGUCCCAGGGUGCAGCCAUCCUCCCAACUUUGAAGGCGAUCAUCUCCUCUCCAAAUCCAAUCCGUGGAUUAUGGCGGGGCACACUCCCUUCAGCCCUCCGAACCGGCUUCGGGUCGGCACUAUACUUCACCAGUCUCAACGCAUUGCGCCAAGCCGUUGCGCAAUCCAACCCCAUGGCCCUAGCCAGCCCGGUAAUAGGCGCUAGGUCAUCCUCCGUCCUCCCCAAACUCUCCAACACAGCCAAUCUCGCCACAGGAGCCGUUGCAAGAGUCGCCGCAGGCUUCGUAAUGAUGCCCGUGACCGUGAUCAAGGUCCGUUAUGAGUCAGAUUUCUACGCAUAUCGCAGCCUAGUAGGCGCAGGUCGGGAUAUCGUCCGCACCGAAGGGCUGCGUGGGCUCUUCGCAGGAUUCGGCGCCACUGCCGCUCGCGAUGCCCCCUAUGCGGGCCUCUAUGUUCUCUUCUACGAGCAAUUGAAGCGACGGUUCGCCUUGAUGGCCGCAGAACCCUCUAAUAAUGGCGAGACACCAACUGCUGUUUCGUCCUCGUCAAUACACUUCGUCUCCGGUGGAGCGGCCGCCGGAAUGGCGACUGCAAUCACCAAUCCCUUUGACGCCGUUAAGACUCGGUUGCAGCUGAUGCCUGCCAAAUACGGCAACAUGGUACAUGCUACACGCUUGAUGAUCCACGAGGAUGGCAUGCGCAGUCUCUUUGGUGGACUUGGUAUCCGCAUGGCUCGCAAGGCCAUUAGCUCCGCGCUGGCAUGGACUGUCUAUGAGGAGCUCAUCCUGCGCGCUGAGAGGCGGUGGGAGACGAAUACCCAGAUGGGUCUUUAG